CACGCAGCCCACGACAUUUAAAUGUUUUAAAAGUUGAGUGUUCCUGUUUAUGUCGUUUGUCUUGGAUUUGUCAGUAUCCGAGAGGGUCGGUGUCAGAGUGCGAUUUCUUUGUCUUGUAUAAGGAAAAAUAAAAUCAUUAUGGGAUCAAGUGAGAGCAAGUCGGCUGUGCCAGCAGAGAAGAAGCCAGAACCAGCCUUUAAAAAAACCCACAUCAGCCAUCUGGUUGAUCCUCGCUCUCCCUCAGGCGGCAUAGAUCGAACACCCAUUCAAGUAGGAGAACAGGAGUCCAAUGUUUCUCAAUUAAAAGGCGAGUGUCCCCUGGCCAUAACAGAUCCUCGCUCACCUACAGUUGGCAUAACCCGCACUCCUGUCAGAGAGGUUAUGAGAGCAACAGUUGGGUCUUUAGCUCGCCGCCUUGGUAUGCUGUUCCACAAUGAGACUGAAGGCAAAGCUGCAGAAGGCCCUCAGAAACACUUCACAGAUGCUGUUGAGGAGGUCCUUGAGGGUGAAGAACUGGCUUCCACUGUGCCACUGCUCAAUCCUCACUCGAGCAAAAACUUUGGCUCGUUAGCCGAACAUGCAAAUCUUCUCUCCACCCCUGUUCAUCCAUCCCUGCAGAGUGUCUGCAGUCCCUUUGUGCUUCUGGAGCAUCCUCAGGUCGAAGUGGAGAUAGAAACUGAGACGGAUAUUACCUUUGAGGAGGCCGAAGAAGCAAGCGCGUCUCCUCUUAACAAUAGACUGAGCAUGAGCCUGAUAACAUGCCACGAAGGGGCAACUUCAGCUCAAAUCUACGCUGAUGUGCAUCACGAAGCGAGCUUCUUCACAGAACCUAGUGUUGAAGUGAAGGCUCUCGGGGACGGUGCUGAUCAUUCCUAUGCCCUUCCUUCUGUCAUAGUUAAACCAGAGACAUCGGAGCCCCCGGCUUCUUCUGAUGUGGACCCAUCUGCUGCUCCAAUGCCUUCUGCAGAGCCAAAAAAAAAGGAGAACCUUCCAUCUUCUGAAGGGCCUAGUGAGCUCGGUGGAGAAUUUUCUGUGCCUUCUGUGCUAAAUAAUCAACCAACUCCUUCCAAACUAAAGCAGCCACCGGUCAGUACUGGAAUCUGUUGUCCCACCUUUGACCCGAGGAGUCCCAGCCAACUGGAAUUCAAGCCGCAGUGGUUAGGUAAAGGCUUUGGUGCCACUGGAUUAAGAGCCAAGGUUGCGCAGGGUCAUAAUGGCAGAGGAGGCUCCUCCCCUCUUGCCGUUCGUGUUGCAGUUAAGAACAUCGCCAAUGAAAACAAAGGCAAGACAGGAAAACCGAAGCAAAAAGAUGCCGAGGGCCGCUCCCCGCUGCAGAUCCUGAAGGAUAACAACUCUCCCCGAAAUCAGCGCGCUCAGGUGAAAGUAAAGAUGUCUGCCCAGGACAAGCAGAAGCUUGGACAGCUGGACCGUAGAGUGGUGGCCGUAUCGCUGGAUAAGGAGAACAGAUGAGAUGUUGCAAAACUAUUUACUGACGCCGUCUCAUUUUGUAUGUCCUGAACUUUUUACGUUUUCAAUUUUCCAACCAAUUUUUGUGUUUAUACACACUUUUUAUCAUUGGCUGCAUUUUCUUUCCUUUGCUUUGUGUAAAUGUAAAUGAUAUUGAGCCUUUUAUAGCUAUUUUUAAGCUGUAUUUGUGCUUUACUAAACAAAUUUUUCAAUUUUUUUUUGUAAAUACAUUUUCCCUAACUUGUAUAAUAUCAGAAAAUUUCACCUUAAUUUUUGUGCCAACAAAAUAAAUUUUGACACUGCCA